GCAUCCAACAAGACGUUUCAGGCGUUCCAUGAGCUGUAAACCAGCACAGAACCAGCCAGAUUAAAAGCUGGAACCAGUAACACUGGACUGACUUAAACACUGGCAGCUCCUUUUUAUAGCAUUUUCCUAUCUGGCAGCUUCAGGGAACUGUAUGAGCCAAUGUUUUUUUCUUCCUUUGGGUGACGCUUCCAAAAUACAACCGAGAUCGCAAAAACUUUCCGUCGUUAAUUUGGAAUUUUGACAUUUUUGCUAACGUUAGCCAACUUUUUUUCUCCAAACAAAUCUGCAAUCUAAAAACAUUUUACUCUCCAGGAAAGGAUUUUCUUUGUGUUGUAUCUACAAGCCCAAUUUUCUUCGAAGACCUACCGAUAUUUAACCAUUGUAUUUAGCUUGCAAAGUAGUUUUAAAGGACAGUCCCCUGAGUGUUAGCCACGGCUAGCUAGCUUCCAUCAAGCCCUUUAAAUAACCAUCUGAGUGCUCAUCAGGAAGGAGAGCAGUUUCGGUAUUUAACUGACUGGGGCUUUAUGCUGUUGGACCUUUAACUUUUAAAUAUAUAGAGUGACACACUGUAACUUUGACUCCACAGACGUCUCUUCCUCGCCUUUUAAAGUAAACGCUGAUAGAACAGCCAAAGCACCUGAGUGUUGAAAGGAGAAUCAGGGGAAGGACCUAAAGCAAGUUGGAUACACUUACGGAAUCCCUCUUCGGAUUGUUAUAAUAUUAGUGUUAUUGUUGAAAAUGGCGGCGAUCGGAAUGGUGCAGAUGUUGAUUGAAGCUGCUGAGUACCUCGAUCGCAGGGAAAGAGAAGCUGAACAUGGCUAUGCCUCCAUGCCACCCUUCAUCAGCAGUCGGGAGAAGGAAAGCUUGAAAACAAAAAACAAGAGCAAGAAAAACACAACCAGCAGGUCUACACACAAUGAGAUGGAAAAGAACAGACGGGCACAUCUACGGCUGUGCCUAGAGCGCUUGAAAUCUCUCGUUCCUUUGGGACCAGACGUCAACAGGCACACCACCCUCAGCCUGCUGAUGAAGGCCAAAGAACAUAUAAAGAGGCUAGAGGAGAGUGAUAGGAAAGCUCAGCACACCUUGGAGCAGCUACAGCGGGAGCGGAGACACCUGAGGAGGCGCCUAGAGCAGCUGGGGGUGGAGAGGACCCGCAUGGACAGCACCGGCUCUGCUCACUCCUCGGACAAGUCUGACUCUGACCAGGAGGACCUGGAUGUGGAUGUUGAGGGGACAGACUACCUGCUUGGUGACUUAGAGUGGAGCACCAGCAGUGUGAGUGACUCAGGAGACGAGCGAGGCAGUCUGCGUAGCAGCUGUAGCGAUGAGGGCUACUCCAGUGCUAGCCUGCAGCGCCUGCAGGACACUCAGGAGAUAGCAAAGCAGCUGGGCUGUGGCCUAUAAGCAAGCCCGGAUCAUCGAGUGAACACCCACCUCCCCUCAGUCAGCGUCUUACCACUUCUACAUGCUCAGACCCCCCCCCCCCUCUGUCAGGACUGACCAAGCAAGAAGCCUCUUCUACAGUAAGGUCUGACUUCCAUUCAGACUGCAACAGUUCUGAGACACCCACGCACAUCCAGCUCUUCAUCAGCGGUCAGUCUUAAGGGUGUCGCCCGCUCUGCUCUGUGCCAAUCAAAUGAGUGGGAUUUUAAAGACACUUUGGCCCUUUCGUCCUUUCGUCCUCCAAAAACAUAACUUUCAGCCAGAGAAUGUUACCACACAAUGUCCCACUGCCUCUUUUUCUAUGCCUCAAGAGCCAUGGGAAGCACUUAUGAGAUUCUUCUCUUGAAUGACACCUACAUAUAUACAUAUAUGAACACACACACAUACACACUUCCAUCUCUCCUAGUUGUGAGACCUCUCAUAGGUGACAUGGUGCUCCUUUUUUCUGCCCUGCUCACCAGUAAACCAUCAGUGCAUGGUACCUUGCACUUGAAAUUGCUUUUGUAAACAAAACAAAUCUUUUUCAGACACUGUCUCUUGUAAAGACCCCUAGUGCUGCGGUGGCAGAUGAAGUGAAUGUUUGUGAAACAUGUCUGUCAGCAGACUCUCUGGACACUAAACUAGACUGCGCAUGGUGUUAAACUAUCUGAGUCGGCAGCAAUACAUUCUGUAGUAACUAAGCUUUAGUAGGCAGGCUCCUUUGUAGUUUCACGUCCACCUCUGCCAUUCACAGCAAAAAGGAAAAGCAAAGAUGCAGUGUGAGAUUGUGAAAGGGGUUUGGGGUUAUGGGAGGGUUUGUGGGAGUGGGUUCGACAAGUUCUGCCUCUCUCUGAUGACGGUGGCGUUUUUACAGCUUCCCCUUCCCCACAAUGUGCGGCUGGCAUGUCUGGGCCUGGCAGUGGGUGCGACGGCCUUUAACAGCAGCCACCAGGGCGGAUGCUGGGAUAUUUUCCCAGGUGCUAGUACAUUGUUGUACACUAAUCCUCCACUGCCAUGUUCAGCAGCUGUCAACGGGAAGGGAAAAGCCAAUCUACCUAAAGCAGUCGAGAGACCUGAGCACAUUCCACAAUAUAGUAGUGAAGCAGGUGGCAUGGAAAAGACUGUUUGAGUACCCACUUUCGAAAAAUAACCUUUACACUAAUUAUCUGUAAAAAAGAGUUCAGCUUAAGUCACGACGGGUUUUUAGUGGGAACAUGUAGUCAGAAGCCCAAAGUUUUCUGUGUUUCUCCUUUGAAAAGCACUACAAUGUUAAAACCACAGGAUUUCCCUUAACCUGCCAUCCUAGCUAUUUAUUAUUUCUGGAGAAAUGUACACCUUUUAUUGUAAAUAGUUCUCAGAAAGAGUUCUAUGUCUAUCACCAAAUGUAUUUAUUAGAUAUCCUAAAUAUAUAGAUGAGUCUGUAGAAAUAUAUUUAGUCAUAGCUUAUGUUCAUUUAUGUGUGGUUUAUUGAGAGUUUCCUACAACGUAGUUGGUUUGCACAGGAAAGUCAAUCCUUAGAGUAUUUAGAAGAGUCGUUUGUGCCUUGAGGCAUCUAUGUCUGUUGAAUUUGGCACAGUGCUCCUAGAGCUGUUUCGUAGUGGUUCAUUUCCUUUAGUUUUUCUCAUGUGUAAAAGGCGUCCUGUCCUCUUAAUGGUGUGGGGGGACAAUGGAACAGAAAACAAUCUGAAUCCCUUAGAAAAAUAUGAAUUAAAAAGUUUAAAAGUGAUAGAGAUGCACCGAUCAGGGUUGUCCUGGCUGAUACUGACUUCUUUGAUGUUUGAUUUGGUGAUUUAGAUUUAUUUGUUUUUCUUCUAUGGACUUUACCACGUAAAAAAAAAAAAAAAAAAACAAUUGAUCUUCAGGCCCUUUGAUAGAAAUAUUAGUUGUUACAUGCCACUAGUUGAUGCUAGUAGUUGAUGCAUUUGUAGACCAAAAUGGUUGGAGACUAGUCAUGAUUUGAUACUCUAAUUCAAACUCCAGUUUUUGAGGGCUGGUGUUCUGCAACGUUAAGAUAUGUCCCUGGUAGGGAUGGACAAUAUGGACCUAAAAGUUUAACACAAUAUUUUGUAGUAUUUAUUGCAAUAACAACAAAGGUGAUGAUGAAAAGUUGCACAUUAAAGCCCUACAAGCAUUAUUCCUAAUGAAAUAAUUGGUAAUAAUAACUUACCUCUUAUUCAAUAGGCUAAACCAGUUACAAUAACUAGUGCAGUUUUAUUGCUAAAGAGCACACAAUAAAUGCAUCUAAUCAUAUUUUUUCAUUAUUAUUAUUUAUUGCUGCUCUCAUAAAACAAACUGUGGAAAAAUAGGACAAAGUAACAAUCCCCAAAAUUUUAAGUUUUAGUUUUUUUUUUAGGUAUUUAAGCAUCAUACAGUAGUUAAUCAUGAUAAAUCAAAAUUGUCAUGAUGCCAGAAAAGAUUUUUCACAAUAACGAUGAAGGAUACGAUAAUUGCCCAUCUCUAUUCUCUGGUCCAACACAACUGAAUCCAGAGGUUAGAUUGCAUCCUCAGUAUGUAGUCCAGUUUGUCAGAGUGCUGCUAAUUACCUAUAUAUUUGAUUCAGGUGCGUUGAACCCGAGAAGUAUCUAAACGUUGUAGAACACCGGCCCUUGAGGACUGGCGUUUUACACCCGUGCACUAAUCAGUACAGAUUCAAGGAAAAUUGGGUAGAUUCCAGGCUCUGGCCAAGGGAUUGGUGCAUCCCUAAUGAAAGAAAUUUGGAGGCGAUUAUCCAAGCCCACUCGGCCACCCGAAUUAAUUGCAUCGCCCCCACACCUAAAAUGCUCAGACAACAUGGCCGCUCAGCUCUGUGAGAAAUAUGUUGCCCUCACUGGUAGCUGCCAGUGGUCACAGGCUGGGAGGGCUUUACUAAUAUCUGAAUGUACAAAGACUCUGCAGUGCAGCAGCGCUGCGCCAAAGGAAGCUCUCUGCUCAUGCAUGCUCCACUUGUAAAGCUCAGCUAAAGCAUUAAGAUGGUACACCAAUGAAAAAAUCCUCUAAAAUCUGAAAAAAAACUAGUUUAGGAUUGUUUGGUCUGUGAGUGUGGCAUGCUGCAUUUUUUUUUUGUCAUGUUAAAACCCUGAAACGGAGAGGAACUGUGGAGCCACGAUUACAGGGAUAUGGACUUAAAAGUAGGUGUGAGUGGGCCGGUGUGUUCUCUGAAAUGCCAUCUGUUGAUGUGUGUGUGUGUUUACUUCGUCACUGUCUUCAGAGAGAAUUUUAUUCUGGGGUAGCAGAGGGUGGGUGGCCAAGAAACACUGGCUGUAUUCUGGUUCCUGUUUACUAAAAAAAUGAAAACCUCUAAUCGGUCUCAUGGUGAACCCACCCCCACCCCCCAAACCAAAUCCACCUCUGUGCUUACUACCUGUGUGUGUGAAUCCACUAAUUUGCCUAGCAACCAUGUGUGAGCACGACCCCCUCCCUUCCUCACAUUAUGCAUGUGCAGGCAAAGAUGGAUGUGAGCGUCUUGUUAGCAGGCGCUGAACUCCUCCCUCAACAUGACACCGCCGGUGCUCUCAGCAUCUGCCUUAAGAAGCCGGUGUUGAACCUCUUGAAGAACAAGCCUACAGUCAGACCAGUCGUUUAAGCUCCAGGGAAACAUUCCCUGCAUCCAAGGUGGCUAACCAUGCCUUAAAACGGUAACUAAAGUGUGACCUCACACAAGUAAAGACAUGCGUGACGGCUUCUAUUGUACAGAAAAGGAUCACUGUGGUCAUUCCUUUUCAUUGUGACGCUCUUUCAUGCAUUACACACAGAAAACACUCACAGACACACACCGUGUCAUAGCUCCAUGAACAUCGUCAUCACCUGCCGCUUUUCUGUUCCAGAAGGUCCACUGUCUGUUUCCUGGGUAAUGGGAUGUUUUCUGCACUUACUUUUUAGAAAUUGGAGAAUUUGAACGUUGUCUUCUAAACAAAUCACUUAUGUUGGGUCUUGAAAUGCCCUUGGACAAUGAAUUGUGGAGCAGCAGUUUAUAUUUACCAGUGAUAAUAAAGAAUAAACUAUUUGAAACCCUUGUUUA